AUGCAGUUGAUCAAUCCAGUUAUCACUAUGAGUGUCCAUCGUCCGCCGAUCCCCAUACCACUUCCUCGCUACCCUGUUCCCCGGACCACGCCUCUACAACUGGCUGGACGGCGUCCGAUUCAUCCUCAAAUCAACCCCAAAAUAGUUCGUCAGCAUAUCAGGCUUCUCGAUUUGUUAAAAGAGGUGGAAUCUACCGCUGUUGUCUCCAGUUCGUUGUCAUCUUGUAGCACGAAGCCUUCGAGUUUGAAUUCCGUCCGACUCGUACCCUCUUUCGAUGGAGCCGCUGAACCUAACACCGAUAAUGUUGACGCGGAAACUUCUGACAACCUUUCUUCACAUCGUUUGCAACAACUAUGGGUUCCCGAUCUGAGGCCCUCCACUUACUCCAGUAACGGAGAUGAUGCUUCUACUAAGAGCCAGUCGCCUACGCCUACUUUACCUCGGAGCCGACCUGGGAGGAAUCAUCAGGAUUGUUCGAGUUCUGGUAUGACGCUUUACUCCGCGGCCCCGACAAUAGUUAUCCAUCGAAUGGAUCGGGUUCCAUCCGUACAGCAACAUUCCCAGAGUAGACCCAGGAGUUACAGCGAUUUACAUCAGGGAAUGCGCUACCGCCACAAACUUCAUCGUGCACAUCGGAUACGAAGUCCGAGCAGGGCGGAUAAACUCUUCAGACCAGCUUGUGGUUUUAUUGAGACUGAAAAGCUAACUCGAGAGUUGGAGUCCAGCCUUUUCGCGCAGCUUGUAUUAAGUACGGAUCCGCCGUCUUCCAAAGAAGAAGCGUACAGUUUUCCGUGUAAAACCGAUCGCACGCCAAUCGCACCUACAGUGGUGCCUUCUGCAUGUGAAUCACCGUCAACUGGGUCAGCUGCUACUUUGACGUGCGUUACUCCGCCUCGCGAACGUGUGUUUGAGUGGUUACGUGAGGCCGACCUGUUCAUCGCGGAGCACUGCCGCGAGAUCCCCUUGGGAACUCUACUGUCUGUUGCUAUCAGUCCAGCCCGCACCAACUUGAUUGAAUUGUGCACAGAUCUGUUUUCUUCCCAAUCUUCCGAGACAGUUCCACCGUCUGCAAAACGUGUCACAUCCAAAAUGUGGCAUCAGUUUCUCCUGCUGUCCCUUUGCGAACAUAGUUGCGUCCCCACAGCUUCUGUGCAGUCUCUUGUCGCCGAGAGUUCGGUGGGAAAAUGGAGGGAUGGUUUUGACUGUCGUCAGCCAGGGAAACAGAAGUUGUUAAACGCUCUUCACUCCCUCGCCGCAUUGGAGGUAGAGGAUCCUCCAUCCGUGGAUACAUAUUUGUUGGAGGAAUUGGCUGAUUUCAUUACAACAGCGAGUUCUCUGAACCUCAGUCAGGAUGUGUACAAAUCUUUGCGAUUCUGCAUUUUGGCCCAGAACGCGUUUCCGCAUCAUUUCUCCACGAAUUAUACAGAAGCCUUGGCCGAACUUCAAGCCCAACUACCCGAUGCCGGCGAUCCAUGGCUGAUGAUACAAGUCCUCAAGCUGCUUAAUCGUUUGCAUUGCUUCGAUUCUGGCUCACUAAAGCUGUUCUUUAGUUUGUCUUCCGAUCGAACAUAUACAUCGCCCGAGUCUACGGGAAGCACAUCACUAACUGCUGUGCCACCUCCUCCAGCUUGCUCCUUCCCCCAAACCCAUGACACUGGCGCCCAAUUGACGUUUAAACGCAAAGCACAUCCGAGUACAAUCGCGAAUGAGGAGGAGGACGGUGGUUCGGAUCGAGAGAUGAGCCCUUUGGGCAUGCGUUCACGAGCCUACACCAUGAACAGCUACCACAAGAGCGCGCGGUUAUCCGCGCUCAACGCCAGUGAUUCACCAACUACGCGGAACCGCAGUGACACCGUGGGACAUCGAACUGAGCUCCGCCGAAAGGUGCCUGUGUCCUAAGCUGGGUAUCAGUCUCCUCCACUUAUUGCUCGUCAGGCAUGAGCGCACAUACGGACUGGUUGUCAUAAUUUCAGCAGCCAUUGCACUCCAAGCCACAUGUACACAUACAUACACACACACCCAUCCCAGGGGUUGUGAUCUGUUGCCAAUGUUCGACCCGGUGUCGCACAUACUUUCCGUAUGCGUUUUUUACUUCAACUUUUUUUCAAAUCAGUUUAUUUUCUGAUUGAUACAAUCUUUUGGUUUCCCGUAAUAAUUCCCGGUUGCUUUUUGGUCACUCUUGUCCUCCCCAUGUCUUGUUCGUUUUUGUUCCUUCGACCACAGCGCCAGACAUGUAAACUGCGGGAAGAACUACGUUUGUACUUGGCAUACAUUUCAUAUCGAUUUAUGGCGAUCCGGUUGUUUAGUUGUUCAGCACAACAAAGGACCUUGAAAGUCGCGUAAUUGUUUCUUUCAGACAGUAAACAUUUGGAUCGGG